AGUGUGUGUUUGAUAAGCAGAUUUUGACGAUGGCUGGAAACAGUUGCAGCUCUCUGAGACAGUGAGACCGCUCUCAGGUAUCAGAAGGCGAGCUUGACUGUCAGUGACAUCACAUCCGCAGGUGACAACCUCCCGAUGGUGCCGCUGCGGACACCAUGGGAGACGAGUCGUACCUCCAACGUGGAGCUCAGAAGCUGUUUGAUGCGUUUGUGACGGCAUCAACCUGCAGAGUAGCGCUGGGCUCCUUCAACCAGCUAUGUGAACAUCUGCAGCUGGACCGGGGCGCCGCAGAGAGGCCACUGUACCGGCCAAUCAAACGCCGCCUCAACUACUGGAGGGCCAACGCUCUGUGGGCCAAACUAGACCGAAGAGCCAAUCAGCAGGAGUACCUAAAGGGGGACAGAGUCUGCAGUAACACCACUUGCGUUAUCAUCGGGGCGGGGCCCUGCGGCCUGAGGACGGCGGUGGAGCUGAGCUUCAUGGGAGCUCGGGUGGUGGUGGUGGAGAAGAGAGACUCCUUCUCUAGGAACAACGUGCUCCACCUGUGGCCCUUCACCAUCCAUGACCUGCGGGGCCUCGGGGCCAAAAAGUUCUACGGAAAGUUCUGCGCCGGCUCCAUUGAUCAUAUUAGUAUCCGUCAGCUGCAGCUGGUCCUGCUGAAGGUGGCCUUACUGCUGGGGGUCGAGGUUCACGUCAACGUGGAGUUUAGGAACCUGUUAGAGCCGGCAGAAGACCAGCAGGGAUGCAAGCUGGGCUGGAGGAUGGAAGUGAGUCCAAAAUCUCAUGCCGUCAAUCAGCUGGAAUUUGAUGUUGUCAUCGGAGCAGAUGGACGCAGGAACGCCCUUCCAGGUUUUAGACGUAAAGAGUUUCGGGGGAAGUUGGCCAUUGCCAUCACGGCUAACUUUAAGAACAGAAACACAUCAGCCGAGGCCAAAGUGGAGGAGAUCAGCGGAGUGGCUUUCAUCUUCAACCAGAGGUUUUUCCAGGAGCUUCGACAGGAAACUGGAAUCGACCUGGAGAAUAUUGUUUACUACAAAGAUGACACUCACUACUUUGUGAUGACGGCAAAGAAACAGAGUCUAUUGGAGAAAAGAGUCCUUAAACAGGACUUUGCAGAAACCGAGCUGCUUUUGUCUCAGGCAAAUGUGGACCAGAAUGCAUUGCAGGCGUAUGCCCGCGAGGCUGCCGACUUUUCCACCAAUCACCAGCUGCCGUCUCUGGACUUUGCCCUCAAUCACUGCGGUCAGCCGGAUGUCGCCAUGUUGGACUUCACCUGCAUGUACGCGUCUGAGAAUGCCGCCAUGAUUCGCCAGCGCCAUGGACGCCAGCUGCUGGUUGCACUGGUGGGAGACAGUCUACUGGAGCCGUUCUGGCCGAUGGGGACAGGAAUAGCUCGAGGGUUUCUAGCAGCUCUCGAUUCAGCCUGGAUGAUCCAGAGAUGGUCUCAAGGAGAAGCUCCACUGGACAUCCUGGCAGACAGAGAGAGUCUGUACCGUGUCCUCCCUCAGACAACUCAGGAAAACCUUCAAAAGAACAUUAGUCUUUUUACAGUUGAUCCGACAACGAGAUACCUGAAUAUCAACCUGAUGCUCAUCACUCCUGCUCAGGUGAGACAUCUGGUGGAUACAGGUGAGGAGGCGGGGCUCAACACAGACAGGGGAGACAACCUCCUGCCCUCUCCCAGAUUCCUCAGACAGAGUUCUUUCUCUCAUUCCAAUAAGCUGCUGAUUUGGUGUCAGGAGCAUACUCGUGGUUACCGUGGCGUUGCCGUUAGCGACCUAACUACUUCCUGGAAGAAUGGCCUUGCUCUCUGUGCCCUCAUCCACAGACACCGACCUGAUCUCAUAGACUUUAACUCUCUAAACGCGUCCUCAGUAGAGGACAACACACGCCUGAGCUUCGAUGUGGCUGAACGUCACUUUGGGAUUCCUCCUUUGAUGACGGUCGAUGAGAUGAAUGCUGUAGAAGCACCAGACUCUCUGUCUAUGGUGAUGUACCUGAGUCAGUUUUACCAGCUGCUGAGAGACAAGCUGCCCCCUGCUGGUGGGAUCAGUAAUCAAUAUUAUCAUAACACAGCUCUCUUCACUCCGGCCACACUGCUCAGCAGACUGGGACUCAGUCCAUCCAGGAAGAGAAACCCAAAGGAGCAGAGAGACGCUGCUAGCAAACGGAGGAGGACCAGUGGGGAGAGUCAAGAGUCAUGUGACCUGAGCGGCAGUGAUGUCAACGAGGUGUGCGACCAGGCCAUGGUGGGCGGGUCCAGUCGCUGCAGAGUGCGUCUGAUGGCCAAUCAGUUGCAGGUGAAGCUGGACGAGAGGAGCUCUUCUUCUUCUUCCAAUGCGGCGGCUCUGCAUCGACAGCAGAGAGAGCUGUUGCCCCCACCUCAGUCUGAAGACUGUCCGUCAGCUGAAUCGCCAGGUCAGACGUUAUCAUGGAGACCGAGGAAACGGACCCUCCAACAGGAACAGAUGAGCUUUCGAUUCAAAGAAAAGAUCAAGUCUCAGGAGCAGUCCUCAGGCUGCCGCUGUGUGUGUUUCUUCUGUCAGAAGAGGGUCUAUCUGAUGGAACGUCUCAGUGCAGAAAGUCUGUUUUUUCAUCGCAGCUGCUUCCAGUGUUUCUCCUGCAGCGAAUGCCUGAAACUCAGCACGUACGUCUACGACCCCCUGCUCCGGAGGUUCUAUUGUCUCCAGCAUUUUAACUCUCGGCUGAGCGCCACCACAUCGAACCGAGCCACUUCCCAGCGAGCUUCCAUCGCGUCUCUGGGCUCAGCUCCUUCACUAUCCUCUGCAGUAUCUAUGACCUCUGCUGGCGCCCGUCGUCCCUCAGUGGUUUCUGUGAUGGUCGCAACGUCAGAGAGGAUUGAGCUGGAAAACUACCGCCGGAGCUCAACAAAGGUGGAGACGGAGCAGCUGGAGGAUCUGCAGGAAUUCGAGGAGGUCUCUGAGGAGACUCUGAACCGGUUCAACCUCAGCAUGGAUGAGAAAGACCAGCACAGAUCUAGUUCAGAGUCUGAGAUGGAGGAAGAGGAGGAGGAAGGCCAAGCUCAAUGUCGUUGUCUGAGUUCUGACGAGGCGAAAGCUUCGUGGAGGGAAACUCUGCAGGAACACAUGCAGGAACACCUUUACCUGAAACACGAGAAGGAUGGAGAUGACAAGGAAGAGGAAGAGGAGUCAAGUGACGAGGAGGAGUUUCCUCCUCUCGUCUCCUCGGCGGCAGAAAGUGACAUUACACCGGCCCGCAGCUCGCCGUCUUGCAUCACCUCCAUAACACCUUCGUCUGACACACCGUCCACAGACUCCUCCACCACAUCUGCCUCCACCCCCAGUGAGGACAGAGAAGACGCUCCGCUCACACAGCACACAGCUGUCGUUGUCAUGGACACAGCUGUUCAGGGACAACCUGCUGGAGAUAAGGGCUCAUUGGCUCAUGACUCCAGCCCUGAGCUGAAGAAGCCCCUCCUCUUUCAUGACAGAGGGGCAGGACCAGAUGGUGAACGGGUGAAGUCCGAGAAAGAGGAGGCGGAGUGUGGCGGUAUAAGGAAGAGAAGUGGACCUAGAGGAGCGCACAGAGUCUUCCGUCCUCCUCAGAGUGGAGGCGAGGCACUUAUCUGCCAGCUGAAGGGUCCCAAAGAGACUCCAACCCCCAGAGAGGUGGAGGUUGAAGGGGGCGGGGCAAGAAGCUUGUGGAGGUCUGUCUUUUCAGGAAACCGUAUGGAAAAGAAGGAGAAGAGAGGCAACACUUCGGAAAGAGCUACAGUAAGAAGAGAUCUUACAGAAGAGUCACCCCCGGACACAACUUUUCAGCUGCAGAGAUGUUCACUGAAACCAGUAAACAAUCUUCUUUUGGAUUUGUCUGAUCUCACGUCUGAAAUCCAGAGGGUCAGGAUUAAAGAGAACGAGGAGGACGAGGAGGAGGAUGAGGAUAAGCAGGACAAGCAAGAGCUGGUGUAUGUUCCUCACGCUCUGGCUUUUAAGCGAGCUUACGUCAUCAAGAAACACUCUCUGGAGGACAGAGCCACCCCUCAGGGCUCUGAUAGACAGUCCUUGUGUCCCACAUCGGUGCUAGGGGUCCUUGUUCAGCAAAGGGAGAUGUCUAGUCUAGAUGUGAAGGAGAACAUGUUCCAGGAGGGACCAAAGGACGAAGACAAAGACCUGGAUGCCAAAAUCACCCGACGUGUUCAAAGAGCUGCUCGAAGAAAAGCCAAACAGGAACAGCUGAAGAGACUCCACAAAGCUCAGAUGGUCCAGAGACAACUGCAGCAGGUGGAGGAGAAACAGAGACAGCUGGAGGAUAGAGGAGUGAUGGUGGAAAAAGCUCUUAGAGGAGAAGCAGAUUAUUGGGGAGAAUCCAACGCGAGCAAAGACGUAGAGCUCCACCUGGAAGGACUGGGUAAACUGGAUAAUCCGGCUCUGAUGCAGCAGUGGUUCCAGUUGGUCCAGCAGAAAAACUCUCUGGUGCGAUAUGAAUCGGAACUCAUAAUAUUUGCUCGUGAGCUGGAGCUAGAAGAUCGGCAGAGUCGUCUGCAGCAGGAGCUCAGAGAGCGAAUGGCCGUGGACGACCACCUAAAGGAGGAGUGGGAGCUGCUGGAAGAGCGUCUGAUCCUGGAGGAGAUGUUAGAGGUGGUGGAGCAGAGAGACUCUCUGGUGUCUCUGCUGGAGGAACAAAGACUGCAGCAACGACAGGAAGACCACGACCUGGAGGAGGUCAUGAUGACCUGAGGACUGGGACUCAGCUGGACCUUAACUGGUCAGUACUGGUCUGAACUGGUCCAGUUCCCAAUCCCAUUCCAAAGGUUUGAUAUGAAAACUGUUUAGUUUUGAUGUUCUUUGAGUUUUGGACCAAGUUUUAAGUGAAGUUGAAAUUGAAAAUUCCGUUAGCAACAUAUAACCAACCUUGUUAACUACAGGACAUU